UAUACCUUUAUAACUGGUGAGACUAGGAGACUGAAAAUGUGGUAUCUAGCGAUUUUGUUCACUGCAACACUUGUUGCGGGUCGAGAGGUAUGUUAUGAGCAAAUCGGUUGCUUAGUGAGUGACGAGUAUCCUUUCUAUCACGCCGAGGACCGCCCUGUGGACCAUCUCCCCGAAUCGCGCGCUGAGCUAGGGACCACCUUCAGGCUUCGAACCCGGGACCUGCAGGGUGGCUAUCAAGAACUCAGCACCUACGAUGAAGACACUAUUUAUGCAUCUGAUUUCAAGCCAUGGAAGAAAACCAAGGUCAUCAUCCACGGAUUCGUAGCGGGAUCCGAUGUCGACUGGAUGGAUGAUAUGACGAACGAAAUCCUGAUCGAAGGCGACUAUAACGUGAUCACCAUCGACUGGAGACCAGGUGUGAUAAAGGAUGAUUACGAUGUGGCAGUCGGGAAUGUGAGGGUGGUCGGUGCUGAGAUUGCUUACCUUUUCGAUAUGAUUCAGAGAACCCAGGCGGUUGGACCAAAUACGUUUCAUAUCAUUGGCCACAGUCUGGGUGCACACGCUGCCGGUAUAGCGGGCGCUAUUGUUCCAAACAUCGGUAGAAUCACAGGUCUUGACCCUGCCGGUCCAUAUUUUGACGACUGUGACCCAAGGGUUCGACUUGAUGCUUCUGAUGCUGACUUUGUUGACGUCAUUCAUACCGAUACUGACCCGCUCUAUAAACUGGGUUUGGGAAUGUACAGCUCGACGGGUCAUGUCGAUUUCUAUCCGAACAGUGGUCGAGCUCAGCCUGGUUGUGAUCUUCGUAUCAUUGGUUCAAUCUUCGCUAAUGGAAGAAUCUGGGGUGGAGUGAUAGAUUACAUUGCUUGCAAUCAUAUCAGGGCCGUCUAUCUCUUCAUGGACUCGAUCAACCCAGGGGAGCGGGAGUGCCCUUACCUGGCAUUCGAAUGCACCCGUGAAUGGUCAGAUUAUAAUGAAGGGCUCUGCUUCGAAGACACACCCCGUGCCCAAAUGGGAUGGAAGGCCGACCAGUACGCCCCCGAGGAAGGGGUGCAAGAAUUGGUGUUUCAGGAGAAUACCCUGGCCGAAGAUCCUUAUUGCGGAUUUCAGUAUCGUUUUGGAGUAUACAUUGAUGAUGGAAGAAAAGCUGAGAAGUUCAAGGGGAUGAUGACUAUCUCUCUAGUCGGCGACAAUGGACAAACUGAAGAUAUCGCACUCUCACCUGACUACCGGUUCUACGACCCACUAACCAAGUAUCUUCACAUGGGCGUGUCGUCACAUCACGUGAUCAAUCCUAGUCAUCUUUAUCUCGAGUGGGAUUACGAUGCUGCAUUCUAUGCCCCGUGGAAGUGGGAGUUCAUUGAGCGACCAGAGCUCUUCAUUCAUAGGAUCGAAGUCGAUUCCGCCGAAAGCGAAGAAAGCUAUCUGAUGUGCGGUACGUACGACCCCAUUGAACCUGAUGUCAAGCGUGCAUUUUUCCGUGUCACAGUUUGUGAUUGAAUUGAAAGGGAGUUAUC